CGGUCAGUCAAUACAGAGCGAACACGUUAAAGAAUUUGUGUACGCAAUAUUCACUCUAUCUUUAAACUAUUAUUCUCUGCAAUCUCUUAAUUGAAUAUUAAAAAAAUUCAAAAUGUCUCUACCACCUUUCCUGCUCGGCUACGACUUUCAACACCCUCACCGGAUCGUAGACCAGGAUUUCGGUUUGGCGCUAACACCAGAUGACUUACUAAUGGCCGCCGUCGCACCCUUGUUCUCUCGCGAUUAUUACAGGCCGUGGCGUCAACAAACUGCUGCCACUAGAGACGUCGGCUCCACCAUCAGAAGCGAUAAGGACAAAUUCCAAGUUAAUCUAGACGUGCAGCACUUCGCACCAGAGGAUAUUACAGUGAAGACGGUCGACGGUUAUAUUGUCAUCGAAGGGAAGCACGAGGAGAGAAAAGAUGAACAUGGCUUUAUUUCCCGACAAUUUACGAGACGAUACGUGCUUCCUGAAGGCUGUGAUCCCGAAACGGUACAGUCGAAACUGUCUUCUGACGGAGUUCUCACUGUAAUUGCACCAAGAAAGCCAGCGGUAUCGAAUAAUGAACGCGUUAUUCCCAUUGCUCAGACUGGUCCUGUCAGAAAGGAGAUCAAGGAUCAAGAUUCUCAAGCUAGUGCUAACGGAGAAUAAUUUAAACAUAUAGUCAUAUAGUCUUGUGUAGUGUAUACUUUUCUUUGUAAUUUAUAAAACUAUUAAUGUGUUUAAUUUGAAGCUUUAAUUAUUUAUAUUGUUUAAAUAUAAUUUUUAAGUCAUAAUGUAAUAAAUUUAAAUUCAUGGAU